CGUUUGAAUCGCCUCCCAGAGGUGAAGGCUUUCAUUUCAAAGCUUUUGCCUUUCCACCAUGAUGUGAACAUUAAGUACAUUCCUGGUAAAGACCCAACCAUGGUGUUCUUAAAUUCUGACAACAAGGUGGUGCUGGAGGAAGAUGUUUCAGAGAUGAAGACAGAUGAAAUAUCCCAACUCUUAGAAAAGCAUGGAUUGCCUAAGUCAGCAGAAGCCAGGAGUGAAGUUCCUGAAGAGCCAGAUGAGCCAGAGGAACUGGAAGAGCCAGAAGAGCCGGAAGAAGAGGAGCUGGAAGAGGGUGAAACAGAAGAAUAUGAUGAUGAUGAGGAAGAUGAUGUUACAGACCAUACUGAACUAUAAAUUCAUUUUCUUCCAAUACCAAUGAGCAGAGUAAUUUGGGUAGGGUGUAGGUUUUUCAAGUGGCUAUAAAUGCUCACAUAAACUCUUUUCCUUAUAUUUCACAAUCAAGAAAAAAUGACAAAAUUUAGUUACCGGUAUGUAGGCUAAAUAUUUUACAUUUCUUUAAUUGAUAUAAUUUACAGCACAAAUUGGUAGAAAUGCAAAGAAAGACAAAGUGUUUAGUACAACAACUUUCAAGUCAUCCCAGGCUGUGAAGGUGUUUAAGAGUACAUGACACAGUUGUGGAUAAAUUAAUUUUGCAGCUGUUGAGAAACACUCUUGCUAAUUUACAAGAAUGGGUUCUUGCCAAGGAAGUUGUUUUAAUGCUCUGUAUCUGAAAGAAUAAAAUUAUUUGAAACAAAAAUGAAAUGACACAUAUUU